AUAUUCGACUCAAAACAUAGACAUUCUUUCAAGUGAUCGGUGUUUUUCUACUAUUUUAAACAUUUUAAAUAGAUUUUCGAGUAUUUUGAGUGAUUAAUUUUAGUUUUUUUAUAAAAGUAUUGUGUGUUAAAAUGGAGAAUAGUGCUGAAAGUUCCGUUGACAUCAAGGGUUUUAAUCUAAACCCUUCCAAUACCAGUAAUCCUCUGCUGGUCCCUGACGAAGCCGGUGUGAAGUUUGAUCCAAAUGCCUUGUAUUAUGACAUGACCGGUGAUAAGUACCUCAUAAUAUUGAACCAGAAAACUUUUAAGAAAACUAUUUAUUUCAGAAACAAGCAGCCAUCAACGAGAAAUGGUACUGAUAAUGACGUGAAGAGUUUGAAAACCAUAUUCGGGGACCUAGGUUUCCAGGUCAUUGUCCACAAAGACCUGGAAUAUUCAGACAUUAUCAAAAACCUAACUGCAAUUGCUACCAAAGAUCACUCGAAGACCUCAUGCAUCUGCAUCACAAUCCUGACUCACGGAGACAAGGGGGGCGAGGUGCACGCAGCAGACCGGCCAUAUUUACUGUCAGAUAUCAUGGCCAUUUUCGAGAAACAGCUGAGCCUCGUCAACAAACCGAAAUUGUUCUUUGUGCAGGCUUGCAGAGGCGCCAACACAGACGCAGGUAACACCGUAGCCCUGGACAGCGAGAGUGUGAUGACUAUACCCACCCACGCUGACUUCCUCGUACUGUGUUCUACUGUGGAAGACCACUUAUCCUACCGAGAUAUGUACGGUUCCUGGAUGAUCCAAGCUCUCUGCCACGUGAUCAAGGAACAUCAUAAGGAGCUGGAUCUCCUUCACAUGAUCACCCUCACGAACAGGAAGGUGGCUUACGAGAGGACCACCUAUACUCCUUCCAAUAUGGCGCUGAACAAUAAAAAACAAAUGCCGGAGACAAGAUUUACUCUCACAAAGUUGUUGAAAUUUUGAGGCAGCUCCGAAGCCUGUGUGCUUCGGAUGUCGCUUUUGUUAGGUAUUUAGGUAAUAAAGUUAGUUUUAAUUGUU